GAUUACAGUGGAAGGGAAGAUUGACAUGGUUCAACAGUGUCUUGGAAAAACCCAUAACUAGAUGUUAUUAGAAAAACCCAUCACUGGAAAAUGAGCACUGGGAAUAUUACUGAUAACUUCUCAAAGGUAAUUGAAGAUAGAAAACUGGACUAAAAGCAAAAUCCAGAAAAAAUUGGGAACUUGCCUUCAUUUGUCCCCUGAGUACGGGGCACUAUUUUUGGAUUCUGCUAUUUCCAGGGAUUUUUAGAAGGCAUCCCCAUCGAAUGGGGAAGGAAUCCCACAUAGGAGAUUUAGGAACGUCUCCUCUAAGCAGACACUGUGCUGUUCAUGUUGUUGGAUCCUUGAAGGCUCACUUAUAAAACGGUCCACACAUGAAGUCACCAUAAAGAGGGUGGAUCACACUUCUUACAAACCUCAUCAUUUUGAGGUGGGGCUAAGAUGAGCAUAACCAGCGACGAAGUGAAUUUUUUGGUAUAUCGUUAUCUCCAGGAGUCAGGUUUUUCCCAUUCGGCCUUUACAUUUGGUAUCGAAAGUCACAUCAGUCAGUCCAACAUCAAUGGAACACUAGUGCCACCUGCUGCCCUUAUCUCCAUUCUCCAGAAAGGCCUGCAGUAUGUGGAAGCUGAGAUCAGCAUCAAUGAAGAUGGUACAGUCUUUGAUGGCCGCCCCAUAGAGUCCCUGUCGCUAAUAGAUGCCGUGAUGCCUGAUGUCGUACAGACCCGACAGCAAGCGUUCAGAGAAAAGUUAGCUCAGCAGCAAGCCAAUGCAGCAGCCGCUGCCGCCGCCGCCGCUGCUGCCGCCACAGCCGCAGCUGCCGCAGCCACCCCCGCAGCCGUCUCCCAGCAAAACCCACCAAAGAACGGAGAAGCCACUGUGAAUGGGGAAGAGAAUGGGGCACAUGCAAUAAAUAAUCAUUCAAAACCAAUGGAAAUUGAUGGUGAUGUUGAAAUUCCACCCAACAAAGCAACAGUCCUUAGGGGCCAUGAAUCCGAGGUAUUCAUUUGUGCCUGGAACCCUGUCAGUGACCUCCUAGCAUCUGGGUCUGGAGACUCAACUGCAAGGAUAUGGAACCUUAAUGAAAACAGUAAUGGUGGUUCUACCCAGCUAGUUUUGAGGCAUUGUAUACGAGAAGGAGGACAUGAUGUCCCUAGUAAUAAAGAUGUAACUUCAUUGGACUGGAAUAGUGAUGGAACACUGUUGGCUACAGGUUCAUACGAUGGUUUUGCAAGAAUAUGGACAGAAGAUGGUAACCUGGCAAGCACCUUAGGUCAACAUAAAGGUCCCAUCUUUGCUUUAAAAUGGAACAAAAAGGGGAAUUACAUUUUGAGUGCUGGUGUUGAUAAAACAACAAUAAUUUGGGAUGCCCAUACAGGAGAAGCUAAGCAGCAGUUUCCUUUUCAUUCAGGUGGAAAGCAUUUUUCAUCACAAUUCCUUCACGUUGUGUCGGAGAGCGGCAUCCAAAAGGAAGGUCAGGGACUCCGGGAGGCCCAGGAGAGAGAGAGAAAGGAGCUUACAGAGAUUUUUUAUUUUUUCUUUAUUUGCAUGACACAGAUUUGGAGUAUGAAGCAAGAUACAUGUGUCCACGAUCUUCAGGCCCACAGCAAAGAAAUAUAUACCAUCAAAUGGAGUCCAACAGGACCAGGCACCAGCAAUCCAACCUCCAAUAUCAUGUUAGCAAGUGCAUCAUUCGAUUCUACUGUCAGGCUGUGGGAUGUUGAACGGGGAGUUUGCAUCCAUACACUGACCAAGCAUCAAGAACCUGUCUACAGUGUAGCAUUUAGCCCUGAUGGAAAGUACUUGGCUAGUGGUUCUUUUGACAAAUGUGUCCACAUCUGGAAUACUCAGAGUGGAACUCUAGUCCAUAGCUACAGAGGCACUGGAGGAAUCUUCGAGGUCUGCUGGAAUGCUAGAGGAGAUAAAGUCGGAGCAAGUGCAUCUGAUGGCUCUGUUUGUGUUCUAGAUCUGCGGAAGUAAAGGCAAAAACCUAUAGAAAAAUUUUUAAAUGGACCAGCAGUGAAUGUGUGGGGUAGCAGCACUCUUCAAAAACAAUUCUAACAGCUCCAAACUGUACGAACUUGACUUAAGUUAGAGUGUACAAUGACAACAACUCUCCCUGGCCACAGGAGUCUAGUAUUUUUUCUGUAAUCUUCAUCAAGGAGUAAAACACACACAUACACAAAACACACA